AUGGCAACUUCAUUCCUUCAGUUUCUUUCAUAUUUGUUCGGCUGGAUAUACACAACAUGUUGGUCUUUUUCUUUCUAUCCCCAACCAAUCUUGAACUACAAGCGCAAAUCUACAUCAGGGGCAGCAAUCGAUUUCCCCUUCCUCAACGUUAUAGGCUUCGCUGCAUACUUUGUAUCUACAGUCUCAUUCCUCUAUUCGCCGGAGAUCAGACGCGAAUAUGCUCUACGAAAUAAUGGACAUACUCCAACUGUUCAGUUCAAUGAUCUCGCUUUCGCUGUCCACGCCCUCUUUGUGUGCUGUAUCAUAAUGUCGCAAUAUCACCUAUCCAUCUGGAAAUUUGAUAAACGUGGUAAAAGAGGUCCUGGCUCUAGAAUUAGCAAAUCGAUCUUGGGUUUGGCUGUAGCAUGUAUUGCUGGGGUUGCGACUUCGGUGGUUAUUGUCAUUGCGCGAAAGGAUGAAGAUGUUGUAACAGGGUGGGCAUGGAUCGACGUGGUUUAUGUCAUAUCAUACGUCAAGCUCAUCAUCACGACGGUUAAAUAUAUGCCUCAAGUUCUCACAAAUUAUCGCAAUCGAUCCACGACUGGUUGGGCAAUAGGAGGAAUAUUACUCGACUUUUCAGGAGGAGUUUUGUCGAUUUUACAAUUAGGAAUUGAUAGUUAUCUACAAGGAGAUUGGUCAGGAGUAGCAGGCAACCCAGUGAAACUAAUGCUGGGCAAUGUGAGCAUCUUCUUUGAUAUUAUCUUCAUUGUUCAGCAUUAUGUUUUGUACAGAGGGAAUGGGCGUGAAAAACCAUUCAAUGAAGAAGACCCUCUGCUUGCGCCGGAUAGGGAGCAGAGAAUUGAUUAG